UUUUAGUAAACUUUACGCGAUACUUGAUAAUGGCUGGAAUCAUCGGUUCUAUAGACCACUACAGGGUUGGCAGACCGUUUGCCAAUUAUGUAGAACGAUUCGAAAUACUUUGCCAAUUGAAUGUUGUUAAGCCAGAAGUUAAAAAGUCGUGGUUUAUCUCGUUGAGCGGGGACGAUGUGUUCGACGAGAUAAAGCUACUUUUCCCUAAAAAAGACGUGAAUGAUUUGACGUAUGAAGAAAUAAUUAAAAAACUGAAAUCGCGUUUUGACAAAUCUGAGCCGGCGUUAAUGAAUCGUUACAGAUUCAGUAAACGGGACCAAGGUCACACGGAAUCUGCCGAGAACUUUAUUUUAGCGAUUAAAAUGCUUGCUGAAAAUUGUAACUUUCGCGAAUUCAAGGAUGAGGCUAUUCGCGAUCGGUUAAUUUUUGGUUUGCGGGAUAAAGAGCUUCAGCAUAAGUUGUUAAUGGAAGAUGAUGUGACCUUAGAGGCUGCGGAAAAGAUGGUAGUCAGCAACGAGUUAGCCGUAGAAAGGGCCAAGGUGAUUGGGGAAAGUUCAGGAGGCAAUGUAUUUUCGAUAAAGCAUCGUUUGGGAAGAAAGGAUGAGCGUUAUCCAUACCGGAGAGAUGUUGCGGGUAGAUAUCGGUCAGAUUCUAGAAGCAGAAGUCGGGAUCGGGGAGAUAAUUACCGCUUUGUUCCGGGUAGUCGACCUCGAGAAGAUAGUAAGGAUAGACAUGGUUACAAUUCGAGACGUGAUAAGAGGGAAUGGAACGGGCACAACAACGCGAUUUGUAACAAUUGCAGAGAAAGGGGACAUAUACGAAAGAACUGUCCUUUACUUAUUAACGGAACUAGAUACAACACAAAAGCAGUUAAAUUUGUGGAACAAGAGGUUCAGCAACAAUCUGUUGUUCCAUUUGACAAAUUCAAUCGACUGAAUUUGCAUGCUUCAAGUGACGAUUCAGACAUAAAUUGUAUGAAAAUUGAAAGCAAUUUUAAUGAACCAUGCAUGAUUCAAGUUUCAAUUGAGGGCAAAAAUCUAUCAAUGGAAGUUGACACAGGAUCGGCAGCGUCAGUCAUAAGCGUUCCUUUGUAUAAAAGGUUUUUUAAUACUUCCACAAUUAAUCAUUGCUCAAAGAAACUGGUUGUCGUAAAUGGGGCAAAGUUGACUAUUUUCGGACAGAUUUGGGUGGAAGUUCAAAUUAACAACAUCAAUGCAAAUCUUAAUUUGAUUAUUUUGCAAAGUGAUGUUGAUUUCACACCGUUGUUCGGCAGAGACUGGAUUGAUUUCUUUUUUCCAAAUUGGAAAUCCAGUUUUGUAGGAUCAGCAUGCAUCAAUAACUUAAACUCUGAAGAUCAACACAAUUCUACAGUAUGUAUGUUAAAACAACAAUUUUUAAAAGUAUUCACAGAAGAUUUUUCUACACCGAUUGUAGGGUACGAAGCAGAUUUAACAUUCAAAUCAUAUCAACCAAUAUUUCGUCGUGCAUACGAAGUUCCUUACAAGAUUAGAGAUAAAUUUAAUUCACAUUUGGAUAUGUUGGAAGAACUGGGGGUGAUUACUCCCGUAGGCGCCAGCGAGUGGGCGUCACCAGUGAUUGCGGUUAUUAAAAAAGAUGGUAACAUAAGAAUGAUUGCGUUGGGGAGGCACGUAACUACAGCACAUAGGCAUCAGCUGAAAAUGGCCUACAAACCGAGGAGAAUGAGUCGGCUGUUUCUACCAAGUUCUGACAAUCAGAAUGACAACAAAAAGCGAAGGCGAGAUUCUUGCGACGAGGAACCAGCAUUCCGAGGCUUUCCGGAUGGACGAUUUGUGCAUGACGCGGGGGCCCCGACCACAGAUCGACGGUUUGUUCACGAAAGGAGUCCGAUCGUGACGAGGUCCAGGAAAACAAGACUCAUUGAUUAAACCUGCAAUCGAAAAGUUGUACUCGAAAGUAUUUCGAGUGUUCGAAACUAUAUUCAAAUAUUCAGCAUGUUAUGCUUUCAAGUUUAAUAUUAUCAUGAUUACAAUUCCUGUAAGAAUUUUCUAAAAAAAGGGAGAACUUUAGUAUCCCUAUACUUACCCAAUUGUACAUAAAUAAUAAUAAGCGUGAAUCAUCUCGAGAGAGAACUCGAACGAGAACGAAAAGAAUAAACGAUCAUUGAAGAUCAGUCUAAGUCUAGCCAUCAGUCAAGGUGGAGGCGAACAAA